ACAUAAUAUACUGUUAUAUCAUUAUUAUUCUGUUCUCCAUAGGCAUUUUAGAUUAGAAGAUCUCCAUUUUCAAUCCAUAAAUUAUCAGGGUUUUAUUUUUUUAAGUGACAUUACCUUUAGUCAGUGCAAAACUUUAUGUCAACACCAUAAAGUCAAUCACAGCUGGUGUAUUGGUGAAUUGAUUAUGCACAAAUACAGUAUCGGGCUAGAAAAUUAUUCCUAACAAGGCGUUGUGGUAUGACAAAGUCGUGUCAAAAAGUAACACAGAAUGAACUGACUAUUAAAGAUGUAAAGUAACAAAAUAUAGUAAACAAUUUCAGAGUAGUGGUACUUUCAUUUUUUGUGAAACUUUCACAACAGUUCAUACUAAAUAUUGUAGUUUUUACAUCAGCAAUGCAAAGUCAAGAUUGUUUGUAGAGCACAGUCUCAUAAAGAGGAAAUUCAAUGUGCUUUCCAGAGUGAUAAAAUUGUUAAAAUCAAGUUAUAAUAAUAAACUUUAUUUAUACAGCACUUUUCAAAACAAAGAUAGGAAGUGCUUUACAUAGCUGAACCAGGAAUAACACAUUCCUGGACUGCAGUGAGGCAAAAUUUAAUAAAAUACCCAACAAUAAUAUAAGAUAAAAACAAUAAUAAAAAAAAAGAUACGACAUGUUGGAAAUAAAACGGCGUACUAGCAUUAAUAAAAAGCUAUUUUUAAAUAAUACAUUUAUACCAUAGAUAAAAGCAGACAACAUGCAUAUGCACACACGCACGCGCGCGCACACCUAAACAGCGCCUCAAAAUAUGUACAAUAAAAAAUACACAAAAAUGACCCUAUAGGCCGCAACAAAAACAAACUAUUUAAAAGCUAGAGUGAUAAAACUGUUACCGCCCCUUGUGUGUUGCAUAGUGCUGUUCAAAUGAAUGCAUACUGGGCCUAUUUAUGCAAGCAAACACCAGUAGGCGAGAGAGAGAUUGAGAGAUAAAGAGAGCUGCAGGUGUGCUAGCUCUCCGUUCGCCAUAUUUAUUCAUCAUCGUGACGUCAGAGGUUUCUGCUGAGCAGCCAAGUGUUCUGGGCUCGCGGCCGUCUCCCCCUCACCAUGACAACGACGAGGGAUUUGUAGCAUCGUCAGAGGACAAACCGUUACCUCUUCGGCUCACGGUGUAGAGACGAAUAUUAUGUAAAAUAGCGUGUUUUACACGAGUAUUGCGGCGAUACAUUUCUCGUAGGAAGGCCAUCUUUGUUGAGUGGACGCUCAUGCGUCGGAGACCUGCCGCAGGCAGAGGCAGACGCCGUUUUACUGCGUGAACAACAUGGCUCUUCCUCAGCAUCCCCGGCUGCUGCUCGCUUGUGUUGUGCUGUUGAGCGCAGUCCAACGGAUCGACAGUCGGUCUUCGCCGAUAUCGGACCUGAAAUCCAAAAUAUCAGGGGUGGAGGAGCUCUUGGAGGAAUUCCGCAAGCAGCUCCAGCAGGACCAGACGUACAAGGUAGACGAUGAGAUUGACUCCUGUGUGGGCGACUUCAACGCCGUCGGGGAGCGCAUCAUCCGGGCCAAGGCCUCCAUCGAGCAGGGGGCCACCUUCCUGUUGGCCCCGGAUAGGGUGUACACCUGGAAGGACUGUCUGCACGCCUGCUGCUCCCAGCCUCACUGCACCGUGGCGGUGGUCCAGGAGGACCCGAGGCAGCCCGGGGACAGUCUCAGCUGCUACCUGUUCAACUGCACCUACAGGAAUAAAAAUGUCUGCUCCUUCGCACCGCAGCAAGGCUUCACCACAUACAGCCGGACUCCCAACACAACGCAGGGACACCUCCCUGUUUCACCCAGCGGUUCAGCCAGGAGGCUCGGGGAAGCACAUCCUGAUGGGGAUGAUACACAAGCGGUGGAUGAGCCUCCUCGCAGUGACGCUGGACAGGAUGUGGUGAUCCAGCUGCCCACGGACUGGGCUGUCCUGGAUGGACGGGACAGUGUGGACGACCAUGCGAUCAGCCACUAUGAAUGGACUCUGGUCAGGGGGGACACAGCCAUCAAUAUGAAGGCGACUCAUCCAGGGCUGCUAAAGAUCGGUGGUCUCCAGGAGGGUGUCUACACCUUCCAGAUGACUGUCACUGACACAGCGGGCCAGAAGAGCUCUGACAACGUCUCUGUCACUGUGCUGGCACCAAAACACCAAGCAGAAGUGUGUACAGGCCAGUGUUCAAACUACCAGUUCAAGUGUGAUGACGGUUGCUGUAUUGACAUCACCUACGCCUGUGAUGGGAAGCAACACUGUCCAGACCGCUCUGAUGAAGACUUCUGCCCAAACUUUGACAGCGGCAGGAAGUCAGUGACCCACCCUGCUGAUCUGUCAAGCCCUCAUCGGCCUGCAGCCCAGACAGAGGAGGCUGAGGAUGGCUCCAUGCGUCAGACUGGGUCCAGAAAGACCAUAGAAAACAUCAUACCACCUCAGGACAGGAGCAAGGCCACUCCUCCACAAAGUCCCAGUCAACAGGAGGCUCCAGUCAGUCAAGAUCCAUGUGCUGCAGCUCCAGUUGUAGGACCCUGUAAAGGCACCUUCCCACGCUGGUACUAUGACCAAAAUGCAGGAGAAUGCAAACACUUCCUGUAUGGCGGUUGCCAGGGCAACCAUAACAACUUCCUCCAGGAAUCUGACUGCGUCAGUGAAUGUAUACAAAAAAGUCCAGCUUUCAAACCAGCAACUGUGGCUCCUCCGAUCACCAAACAAACAGAGAUAGCUGCCCCUAAAGCAGAGAGUGACAUCCCCAUCUCCAAACCAUUUCCAGUUAUGGGAGGGCAUCCAGGACCAGAGUCAGGUGCAAUCCUUCCUCUUGCUCUCGGCCUAAUCAUCACCGCUCUGCUGCUGCUCAUGAUAGGCUGUCGUCUCAAACUUGUUCGUCACAAACUGAAGAAAGCCCGACCCCUCACCACAGAGGAGUCAGAUUACCUCAUCAAUGGCAUGUACCUGUAGCUAAUCAGCCAGGGAGUGCCAAGAUCUGAGACAUGGGUGUUGUCACCGGAGCCUGAGCUAGGACUUUUUGAAUUUGCACUCUGUAUUUCUUGCUGCAUGGUGUCUCUAAUUUGUCCUCACUUCAGGUUGGAAAUAUCCCAAGUCUCUGCUGUCAUGAACAUUUUCUGAACACCCCCACACUGAACCCCUCUGACUGGUAAAUCUGCUGCUGAUAGAUGCUGCCUUCAAAGCCAAUGACACAUAUUCAGAUGCUUGUGAAUUCAUAUUUGUUGUUAUCUGAUUGUGAAUCCACGAUGAAAGAGUCAACAUUCCUAGUUCGAUACUGAUAUACAGCUGUCUAUAUUUCCGCAAUGACUGCUGGGAUACAGUCUUUUGUCCCCUCUAUUAAAAAUUCCCUUUAUUCCUAAAAUGCUCGUUCCUUCGACAUCAAUGACAUCAAAAAUGUUUUUUAUUUUUACUAGAGAUGUAUUUUCCUGACUAGUGACGCACAACAAUGUUGUGUGUUUCUGCCACUGGGUGACACUAAUGUGCCAUAUUUGUGCUGUACAUUUGACCCAAGUUAGCUUGCCUGAAGGUCAGAAAUGUAACACAUUGGAGUGCUUGUUACAGUGCACUUUUCUUUGACUGACUAUGAAUCAACGAGUUUCUCAGAAUCAUAUAAAGCCAUAGUAAAUUGUAUUCCUGUCUAAAAUUCUGUUGCAUAUUUUUCUUUACUAAGCAAACUCAUGUGUGGAGUAUGUACUAUAUUUGCGCAGUUGUAUUCCCUCAAAGUCCUGUCUUUCAUGUGAGAUAUUAAAAUUUAUUAUAUAUCAAAAAA